UACACAACUGGGUAAAUUGUAAGUCAGUAAGUGCUUUCCCAGUUUGUCAAAAACAAACCCUCUCGCCCACAAUUAAACGCUCAUGCGGGUUUCUGGCAUGAAAUGUGUUCUUUACAUAGCUAAUCGAACAAAUAAUUUGCGUCUAACCAUUCCUCUGAUAGAAAUUAUCAGCAGUAAUAUCCCUGGACAACAUAAUUAAAUUUUGCACAAAUAAUUGCGUAUUACAGUAGGAACUGCUACUGCGGUUACUGCGGUACAAUGGCCGAUCCGCUGAUCCAAAAUCCCGAUGAUAUCCUGUACUUCUUGGGUGAUCCCGGCCGAUUUCAGAUUCUCCAGUUUAUUCUGCUAAGCUCGCAGUUUAUACCAAUUGCCAUGAAUGACCUUAUACCGAUUUUUUACAAUAUACGCCCAGUGGGAUUGUAUGUCAACACCCUUAAUGAGACCCGUGACAAUUAUUUAGGAGCGCAAUAUUACAAUCUGUCGACGGCCUGCACACUUUUGGGACAAAGGAAUUUCGCGCAAACUGACCACUUGUACGUGUACGCUUCACCCAGGCAGCGCUCAGUGGUUGGUGAUAUGGACUUGGUUUGCGAUAAAGGAUGGCUCGCGAAUUUGGCCACUGCAAUUUACUUUUUUGGACAAAUAAUUGGAAGUUUUGGCUUUGGAGUAAUAUGCGAUCGCAUUGGCCGAAGAAAUCCACUGCUGUUUUGCAACGUGCUGUUUUCCGCUCUUAACGCCGGAUUAAUAUUUUCCGCCGAUUAUAUUUAUUACGCGGUAUUUUUAUUCUUCAUUGGGAUUAGCAGACAGGGGAUGCAUAGUUCGUUUUUUAUUCUAAUGAUGGAAUGGAUCCAGCCCCGGCGUCGCGGUACAUGGGCAGCCAUAGCGCAGUUUCCCUUUUCUUUGGGUGUUCUACUCUUAGCGCUAACAGGCUAUCUGGUGCAGGACUGGCGCAAAAUGCAACUUGUGUUGACCGUAUCAAACUUUACGGCAUUAGCAUAUUACUGGUUUGCUCCGGAGUCAUUAAAAUGGCUGGUGCUGCAGAAUCAAUUCCCAAGAAUCGCAGUCAUAUGCACGCGUAUUGCCCGAUUCAAUAAAAUAACGCUCUCGGAAGAAAUUUUACAGGGUGUUCAGCUAAUGACCAUUCAGCUGCACGAAACACAAACAAAACACCGCGCCUAUACCAUGCUGGACUGUAUAAAAACGCCUUAUCUACGCAUAUUUACUUUUUUGACAGGUUAUUUAUGGUUCGCUGUGUUCAUGUCCUACUUUGCUUUUUCCUUCCUCGUCGCUGGAUUAGUAGGAAAUAUUUAUAUGAAUAUUGCGAUCAGCGGAGCUUUGGAGUUGAUCCCACGCGCGCUGUGCAUUUUACUGGCUUCAAAGUUCUCCAACCGUGCUAUCCUGACCGGUCAUUUUCUGCUGACAGCCGCUUUGGCUCUAUCGGCCAGCGUGGUUCCCACUGCCGGCAAUGUGACCCUGGCUGUUGUCCAAGCGGUUUUGGCGCAAGCUGCCCGAAUGUCCGUUGUCGGGUGUUUUCCAGCGGUUGCAGUUGUGACGUCGGAAUUAUUUCCCACAGUUAUCCGCAACAGCGGAUUUAGCUGGUGCUCAGUCUUGAUGCGAUUGGGGGGAAUGGUUGCACCGCAAUUUAUCGUGCUCGCAACCAUCACUACAUUCAGCGGACUGCCGUUUGUCGUUAUAUCGGUGACCGUUAUUCUGGGCGCAGUGGUCGCCAUCCUGCUACCGGAAACGACCGAUAUGAAGAUGCUGUCCACUAUUGCUGAAGCGGAAGCAUUCGGCAAGGAAACAUUCUUAGCCAAUUUUAAACGCAAGGAUGUUCCAGUUUUAACCGUUCGGAGAAAGCCGGCGAAAAAUUGAAGAACAGAAAUCGUUUCAUCUUCCGGAUAGCACGAAGUUAUCUUGCAUUGUGUCCUCGUAAUCUGUAAAACAGUUACGAGCAACCCUGUACGUUAACGUCCUUAAAAGGGUUGCUGGUCUGCACGCUGCAUGAAAUCAUAACUAGAAUACGACUAUGGUUACUAUAGAAUGAUCACGACCGCCUUGUUUAAGUAUUGGAUAAUACUGUAGUUUUUAAUAUUGUGGUUCUCCAUAGACUGUAGCUUUAUAAGUUGAAAAAACUUGUACUUACGACUGGUGGCCUGGUGCGUACUACAUACAACCGGUACCGGUAGUAAGAUGGAUUCAUUGUUUAUUAUGAUUCUGACGUAAUUCUUGUAUGCUUCAUUUGUUUUGCAAAUUCGGAUGUAACUGUG